UGCACUUCUGCGAACGAAAGAAAACGCUGAAAUUUUCUACUGCAACGGAGCUUAAACGGAGUGCUAGUAUAAAAAGGAUCCAGCGUAGUGGCACAGCAAAUCACUCGCCAGUGAUACUCGAGUCCGAUACAACAAGGUCUUGUCGUGUCUCGCUGCAUCUCCUGUACCCAAAUGAAGUUCUUCAUCGUAAGUGCUAUGCUAGCCCUCGUGGCUUGCACGGCCUUGGCUGAGGAGGCCACCAAGAAGGACGAUAAGAAGGAAGAUCAGAAAGACGUGGAGGGACGUGGCGGCGUCCUAGGAGGCCUUGGUGGUUAUGGCGCUGGAGUCGGUCCUGGUCUCGCAGGCGUUGGACUUGGAAGACCCGGUCUUAUCGGUGGUGGAGUCGUCGGUAACCCUGGCCUUGUCGGAGCCGGGAUUGGACACGGUGUUGGCGUGGGUCAUGGAGUCGGCGGAGGCUUCCAGUCGGGCUAUGGUUCCACAGCUGGAGGACACCAGGGAGGCUUCAAGAAGGGCGCUGCGGGACACAAUCAGGGAUCCGGUGCCUUCACCGGUGGUUCUUCCCACAGGACUGUGAACGCCUACAACAACAACCAAGGCUACAGCCACAGCUCGGGCUUCUCCGCUAGUGACAGCAAGAGCUUCGGAACUGGCCACAACCAGGGUUCCUCCGGUUUCCAGGGAGGUGCCGCUGGUCAUCAGGCAGGAUUCGGACAGUCGUCAUACGGAAAGGCGGCAGGAGUGAGUCUCUCGGGCGUAGGCCUCCACCGCUAAUGAGGACACAAUUUUUUCAACAGCAUUUUAUCAUAAUAACAUCAUUUAGCCGCAUUAUGGGAUUGCACAGAAACUAAAGUGAUGGAACUAAGGGUUUAUCAUCAGCUGCAACAUUCUGUCUAUAGAGCACAGGUCAAUCAAGCUUUUGAUAAUAUUUUCAUGUUUUAAUAUUCAGCAGCUAUGUCAUCGGACGAAUAAAUAAGUUGUUGCUGUGAAAA